GGGCCAGGCUGCUCCGCGGAGGGAGGCAGAGACGGAGCGGCGCAGCCUGCGGAGGUGAGAGCCGCGGCGGGGACACGCCAGCGAGAACGGGGACGCCUUCGUGGAGGAUCUGCCACCCACCUUCUCUGCCACCAGGCUCUAUGUGGGACGGAGCCGGUCAUGGAGAAGUUGUAUUUUGCGGGGAGCGGCGUAUGGACGAUCAACAGCUCUCUGGGGAACGGCAGCCUCCGCCUGGAGAACCAGACCUCCGGGAGGAACACCACCACGGACCCCCUGAAGAGGAACGAGGAGAUGGCCAAGGUGGAGGUGACGGUCCUCUGCCUCAUCCUGUUCCUCGCCCUGACAGGCAACCUGUGCGUGCUGUUGGCCAUCCAUACCACCCGGCAGAAGCACUCCCGCAUGUACUUCUUCAUGAAGCACUUGAGCAUCGCUGACCUGGUCGUGGCCAUCUUCCAGGUGCUGCCCCAGCUCAUCUGGGACAUCACCUUCAGGUUUUAUGGGCCAGAUUUCCUUUGCCGGUUGAUUAAGUACUUGCAGGUAGUGGGGAUGUUUGCUUCUACUUACAUGCUCUUGCUGAUGUCCCUGGACCGGUGCUUGGCCAUCUGUCAGCCACUGAGGUCUCUGCACAGGAGAGCAGACCGGGUCUCUGUCCUCCUCACCUGGCUGCUCUGCCUGCUGGUCAGCAUCCCUCAGAUCCACAUAUUUUCUCUGAGGGAUGUGGGGAAUGGCGUUUAUGACUGUUGGGCAGAUUUCAUACAGCCCUGGGGACCUAAAGCCUAUGUCACUUGGAUAACCCUUAUGGUCUACAUCAUCCCUGUCUUGAUGCUGAGCAUCUGCUACGGCUUAAUCAGCUUCAAAAUCUGGCAGAAUGUGAAGCUUAAGACGGCUCAUGGGCCCAAUGUGGGUCUGAGCUCCAGCUCCUGCAGCGGGACGACGUUUGCCAGGGUCAGCAGCACGAGGCUCAUCUCCAAAGCCAAGAUCCGGACAGUCAAAAUGACCUUCAUCAUAGUGUUAGCUUUCAUAGUGUGCUGGACUCCCUUUUUUUUUGUGCAGAUGUGGUCUGUGUGGGACACGAAUGCUCCGCAAGAAGCCUCCCCCUUCAUCAUCGCCAUGCUCCUGGCCAGCCUCAACAGCUGCUGCAACCCCUGGAUCUACAUGCUGUACACCGGGCACCUCUUCCACGACCUGAUGCGGCGCUUCCUCUGCUGCUCCACGCGCUACCUGAAGUCGCGGCCGGCGUGCGACCUCAGCGUCAGCAAGAAGAGCAACUCCUCCUCCUUCGUCCUCAGCUGCAAGAGCACGAGCCAGAGGAGCUUCACGCAUCCAUCCAUGACGUGAGGGCAUCGCCGGCCGGGACCUCGCUCCGCCGCCCUGCUGCCUCCAGCGCUUCCCAGGGAAAAGCUGGGAUUCGGACAAACAAGGGGGGUUCUCUGUAAAUAGGUGUAUAUAUGUCUGUGCACGUGUGAGCAUGUACAGCAGUCAUUAUUUAACUGAGGGGGGAGGAGGAGGACUUCUGUCGUCCAAGUUUCAGUGCUGCCUGGGACUGGAUGCCAGGAACCUGCUUCUGAGCCCCCAAACCACUGUCAUCGGUGGCUUUUAGGUACCACCGGGAGGGAUGGGUUUUGCCCCGAAUGAUCCUGUGCCACUGGGGCAGGCAUGUUAUGUCCCCAUUGGAUGCAAGGGGCAGCAGCACAGGGUGAGAGGUGCCAGCCCGGGCACACGGGCAUCGGCACCCGGCCCCACCACCGCCUGCAGCAGGAAUCCCACAGGAUGGGGCAGCGCCGCGGGCACCGGGCUCUCAACGUGGGCGCGCUUGCUGCACUUGAAGCGCUGUGGGGCAGAGACAGCCCCAUCCCUGCUCGGUGCCAGCCCUGCUGCCCCCCAGUCCCAUGGCACCGCCGGUACAGAGCAGGGCAGUCCUGCCACCACGGGCAGGGGGGCAGAGGGGACAGGGCUGGGGACAAUGUGGGGGGACAGCGCUGGUGCCCGGGUGUCCUUACCCCUCUCUGGCUCCGUGUGCUGUGUGAGGUUGCGCGUGCGGGGCAGCGGGGGCCAGGGGAGCGACACCACUGCAGGGUCAGGGCAUCUGUGCAAUAACACGUUUGCUGAGUGUGCUCAAAGGCUUCUCUGAAGGCAGGCGUUUGGGAUGCCGGCUGGACUCCGUGGGGUUUAACAGAAAAACUCCCACUGAGUCCCCCAAGGCCAAGCUUUUGCUUUGGGUUUACCGCAGAUCGCAUUUAGUCUUUUACACCAAUGCAAUUUUCUUGCUCUGUAACGCACAAGGUCAUGCUUAUGGCAUGGAUUUUUUAUUGUUAAGAAAUACCUGUAAAUAAAGUUUUCUGACUGUG